CUGGAACGAGUACAGUGUAGUUCUGUAGUUUGCGGUAUCGGUAAUCGACGGCGAGUCGGCGUCGCCUUUGUAGAUAGAGCGUAUCAACAUGGGCCCAGACACAUCGCUAGCUUCCUCAGCGCCACCUACUAUAUCAUCAUCAUCAUGCGCUAUCCGCGUGGUGGUUCGUGUGCGGCCAAUGAGCCAUAAGGAGAAGGCCGCUAGCCAAGUUCCUGUCGUGGAGGUCAACACAAAGAACUCGUUGCAGCUGCGGCAGCCCGGCGUCGGGGACCAGGACACGAACCCGCCGCGCACGUUUCUCUUUGACCAUUGCUACGGCGACGCGCUGUCGACGGGAAAAGACGACCCGGUGCAGGAGGCGCUGUUCGGCGACAUUGGUCGGGACAUUGUCGUGAACGCGUUCGGCGGGUUCAACUGCAGCGUGUUUGCCUACGGACAGACGGGCAGCGGCAAGACGUACACGAUGGUGGGCGACAAGUCCGAACGCGGCAAAGGGCUGAUUCCGCGUAUUUGCGAAGCCCUGUUUGACGCAAUCGACAAAGCUCGUGCCAAGGACAGCACGAGCUCGGACGACCCGCACAAGACCAUCUACAGCGUCCAUAUGAAUUACUGCGAGAUUUACAAGGAACGAGUUAAAGACUUGCUGGAUGAAGUCAAGGCGCCGAUGCAUGGUCUGAUGUCUCCCACGGCGGACAGUUCGUCCCGACCGCUCAAGAUCCGUGAACAUCCUGUGCAUGGGCCGUUUGUGGAAGGGCUGAUUACGCGCCCGGUGGGGUCGUACGCAGAGAUCGAAGAAGAACUGAUCGCCGGGCAAAAGCUGCGCACUGUGGCCGCCACCCUUAUGAACCCCACGUCGUCUCGGUCGCAUGCUAUUUUCACAAUCAUGUUCACACAGACGCGCGUGGACCCUGUCACAUUAAGUGCCCAUGAAAAGACGUCCAAGAUUUGCUUGGUGGAUUUGGCCGGGUCUGAGCGCAGUGACACGUCGGGCACGUCUGGCGACCGGCUCAAGGAGGCGUCGAUGAUCAACAAGAGCUUGUUUACCCUCGGGCGAGUGAUUUCGUCGCUGGGGGCCAAGGAACGGAUUCCGUAUCGAGAUAGUACUCUGACGUGGCUGUUGAAAGAGUCGCUGGGGGGCAAUGCCAAGACGACAAUGCUGGCAAUGGUGAGUCCGGCCAGUGCCAACUAUGACGAAACGUUGAGCACGCUGCGGUACGCCGAGUCGGCCAAGAAGAUCAUCAACCGGGCCGUGGUCAACGAAGAUGAAAACGACGCCAUCAUUCGGCAACUCCGCAACCAAAUCGAAGACCUCAAGGGCCAACUGAUGGGGUCGCAGCGCCGCCGCAGCUCGGAAACCAGCGCCGGCCUCGUGAAAUCGCUUCUGGAGCGCGAAGAGAUGCUCGGGCAGCUCCAGCGCGAUGUCAAGCGCCAUGAAAAGUGUCUGCAGUUACCGUCUGGGGACCCGAGUUUGAUCAACUUGCAGGAAGAUUUGCUGGACAACGAGCCGCUGGCGUACGUGCUGGAGCCAGGGAUGACGGUACUGGGUGCCGACCCCACGGCGACGUUUCAGGAACCCGGCAGCACCACCACCGACCACGUUCACCGACGGAGUUCGUUUCUGGGCGAUGUGAUCCUUCAGCAAGCCGACAACCAAGCGGUGCACCCCGUACAUUUGACGCACGACGCCGACACCCUCCUUCCCGUGCACGUCAAGAUCUUGAAUGACAAGGGCUUUAUCACGCUCGAGCCGUGUCCCUCGGCGAUCGUAUAUGUUAACGGGGUAUCCAUUCACAGCUUUACACCACUAAAACACAGAGACCGGAUUCAAGUGGGCCUCCAUCACAACUUUCGAGUGUUUGUGCCAUCCGAAGCGCGGUGUCGACGCCAUACGAGCAAGACAGACACACAAACCGAAGAGGCCAAUGCAUUGUGUGCACAAGCGGACAUUCCGUACCGAUUCCAGCGGCAAGUGACCAGCGACGUGUCUAUUCUCAUGGCAGACACUGGAAAAGAGUGUGGGAUUACAUGGGACCCCCCCUUGUUUAUCGACAGGUUAGACACAUUGCGCGCGUACAACGCCGAUCGAAUCGACAAAGCGGUGCUCGUGUCCAUGUUGGGUCUGCCGCCUCUAUCCGUACAGACGGGCGAGAUGGAUCCAAUAGAGGACAACGAGGAGGAAGUCGCGGUAGAUGAAACAGACGACACCACCAUCGACGACGAAGCACAUCUUGGUGUUGUGGCAGCAAACCCCCUCACGAUUGAAAUCCCCCCGCCGUUGCAGUUCGCGAGCAAGCACCCGGACGCUGAUCCGCAGUUCCAACCUCGGUCCAGCGCCGUGCGCUUGAUGGGGGAAGCUCGUCUGUACUCUGGCGGUGGCGGGGUGGCUUGCUCCAUUCCCAAUAGCGUCUCCACCAAAAAGAUCCACAUGGUCGAUCGAGUCGUGUCCGUCUUCGACCCCGUGGGGCUGCAUGUGGCGUCGAUUACGCUGGAAAUGACGACCGAGUAUUAUCAAAAGACCAACCCGGAUGUGUCCAAGCAUGUGAUCUCGGUGGUGUGGAAAGAGCUGCGCUUUCACACGCCGCAGCUGUCGUCGGAAGGCGUGUACAUUUCGUACCACGGGUGGGCUACCAAGCGCGGGGCGACCCCCAAAGUCACGAGCAUCACGGGGGUGUUUGCAUUUGGCCAUCAACGCACGUCGUUUGAGGUUUUGGUUCCCAGGAAACAAAAUGUCGACGAGUUUUUUCAAAACGAAUACUUGAGUAUGGAUGUGUGGGGAUGGGGCAAAGUGCCGCCGUCGCCCCUGUCGAGGCCACUGUCGUCGUCGUCAUCGUCAUCGUCACUGCUGUCUGAAUUGUCCACGUCCAGUCUACAGCAGGACCCCCUCCUGCCACGGCGACCGCACACGUCCAAGGUGGAUGUGUUCGUGUCGGUGGACGUGGAAGAGCGGCGCAAGGCCGAUGGACUGUACGCGCCGGUGACUGUCAAGGAGGAUGGGACGCUGCGGCUGUCUCAACACACGUCGAGGCGGUUGGUGGUGCGGGUCGUGCAAGCCGACCAGCAGCCAUUUUGCCUUGGAUCGAUCGCGCACAUCCGCAUUGCGCCGGCACGACCCACGACGGGCCACUCGAAGAGCCAGUCCCAAUUCGAGGCUGCCACCGCGCUGGGCUCGGCCACGCUCGGCGGGUUCUUUAAGCGCUUUGGCACCAAGGACACACUAGAGCCGCACAUGGAAGACUGGACGACGUGGACGACGCUGCCGAUCCGGGGGCCGAUUCAAGUGGACAAGGAGGCGCGGUCCGUGGUGUGUGUGAUGAAGUGGGACGCCGACCCCCGCGAGGCCGUCGACGGGCGCGGCCAACGGCGUGUAUUUCGCAUUGCAUUGGCGGUGGAAACCACGCUGUCGUGCGUGCCAGUGGUGCUCUCGACCAAGUUCACGGCCAAAGUACUCGGCAAGAUGAAAAAGGACACGGUGUGGUGGGCUCGCGAGCACGUGAGUCGCAUGCAUCGGUUAGGGCACUGGUUUUCCAUGGAUGUGGGUCUCGACGACGACGCGCCUCGGACCGAGGUCGUGGCCGAGAAAUUGCUUGAUCAUUUCGGAAAAGGAAUGGAAAAGCUGCAAGCUGCGUACAAACUCGAACGAUUCCGCCAGCAAGUGGCUGCCGAAGCGGCCGUCCAUGGCGAAGCUGCGUUGAUUCGAGUGGCCAACCUACCAGACUUGGAGUUUCAAUUGACCAGAGAGCGCGACGAGUGGACUAUUGCCAGUCGGUCCAUGCCCCAAGUGACUAUUCACGUCAUGUCUGGCGUACAAAUGAACCCUCCGGCAGCACCCCCCAACUUCUCCACGCACAAGACACGUGCGCUGACAGACCCGUCGCCGUCGGAUCCGCUGGCGGGCGAGUGGAGCGGCUACCUCAUGCAAGCGACUAGUUCGUCGUCCAUGUGGAACCGAAGGUGGUUUGUGUUGCAACGGCCGUUGCUGUGUUGCUACAAGACGUUCGCCAAGGGGGAGGUUGUGGGCGUGCUGGACAUUUCGAAAUGCACUGUCGAGAUCGACAAGCACAUGACGCUGUUUCCGUUUUCAUUUCGAGUGACGAGUGUGGUGGACAAGGUGCCUAUGACGUGGCAACUGCAAGCGUCCAGUGCCGAUGAAAUGCAAGCGUGGAUCCACGGCAUUGCCCCCGCGGCGAUGUUAGACAAGCAGUACUAAGUAGAGUAUACAACACCACUCAAUUGGUACUCGAUAGAGUGUCUGUCCAAUGUGGCCGCGAAUUCCAUCGGACAACGAACGAAUCAAAAUAGAACGCCUUAUUUGUACAUUGUUGUUGG